CUACUCAGUUUUCGGACGCAGCUACGUCUUAAACUAUAAGCAAGAACUUCUAAUAUUUAUUUCAAACGCUAUGCAGUGGCCGAUCGCGUACGUGGGUGUGUUCGUUUUCGUUGCGAUCACUUAUCUGAUACCAACUCAGGAUGCGGCUCGCAUACUAGGGUUUUUCCCAUCGCCCGGUGACUCCCAUUUGAUCAUCCACUGUGCUGUGGCUGACACGCUGGCGCAAGCCGGACACAAUGUAACGGUGAUCGCGACCAAACCGAACGUUAAUCCAAAGGCCAAAUACAAUUACAUAUAUAUCGAUACACCAUUGCUGCCGCCGAGUUUCUUGAAAAAUUUCGUCAACCAACCGAUGUCGUUCUAUAAACGUUAUCCGAUGUUGCUAAAAGAGGUCUCAAAGAUGCACAAUAGGACACUAUGGCAUCCGGAAAUCCAACAAUUCUUGCAGGAUCACGGUGCUGGUUCCUUCGACUUGCUGCUGGUGGGCUAUUUUGCCAAUGACUUUCAUGUGGGACUUGGUGCACACUUUAAGUGUCCAGUGAUUCUUACUUUUAUGGUACAACCGAUAUUUUACCUCAACGAGCUGAUCGGCAAUCCCAGCGAACACGCCUAUGUGCCGACCGUGUUCAGUGGUCUGAAGCAGCCCAUGAACUUCUGGGCACGUUUGGAAAAUUAUCUCAUAUACCUUUUUGAAUACUAUUACAUGGGACCAUUGAUGAAAAGCACAGCGCAGAAAUACUAUAGUUAUAACUUCCCCGCCAACAGCGGCUAUCCCAGUUUCGAAGAAGCACGACGCAAUGUCGCCUUGAUUUUUGCCAAUCAUUGGUUUGCACAGGGCCCUGUCCGACCCCAUGUACCGAGUCUCAUAGAAGUUGGUGGCAUACAAGUCAAAGAGAAACCUGAUCCCCUACCCUCCGAUAUCGCUGAACUGCUAGACGGCUCACCAGAAGGUGUGAUAUACUUCAGUUUAGGCAGCCUUAUACGCGGUAACACAUUGAAGGCGGACACAGUGCAUACAAUAUUCAACGUAUUGUCCAAGUUACCUUACAAGGUGCUAUGGAAAUGGGGCGCCGACUACCCAGGCAAUGCGUCGAACAUCCUCUUCAAAAGCUGGCUUCCACAGACCGACGUACUCGCGCAUCCAAAUAUCAAACUUUUCAUUACGCAUGGCGGCAAAGGCAGCGUAGUGGAGGCGGAGUAUAAUGGCGUACCUAUGGUGGGCAUACCACUCUUCUCCGAUCAGCCCGCAAAUAUGGAGGAAGUGCGACAGGCAGGCUUCGGUACCUAUGUACCUUAUGCCGAUUUGACUGAAGAGAGUUUACGUGAGGCGAUCGAAGAUGUUAUUAACAAUCCAAAGUACAGAAAAGCGGUGCGCGAAUUCUCGGAAGUGUAUCGAGAUCGUCCCAUGACACCGCGUCAAUCGGUUGUCUGGUGGGUGGACUAUGUGCUGCGGCAUAAAGGCGCCAAGCAUUUACAAUCGCCGGCCGUGUACUUGACGCAUUGGCAGCUUAUGUCGUUGGAUGUGUUAGGUGUGUUGUUGGCGAUCGUGGCGGUUGUGGUGGGUUUAUUGAUAAGUCUGUGGAGAUUUUGCAUCACAAAGCUAUUAGCGCGUCUGAUAAAAAAGAAUGGCGUGAACGGAACGAAGCGAAAUGCAAAAAAAAGUGCCAAAGUAGAAUAAGGGUUCAGAAAUAUUUUAAGUUAAUAAAUAAAUGUAAUAUGGAAAAGCAAUAUUAAAGUUUUCGCUAAAAAUAUGUAUGGGUAGUCGAAAAAGUAUUUUCGUAUUUUGUUAACAUACUUGUAUGUCGUUGCAGUCAUAUAUCUCCAAUGUAAUUGGUAUCAUUGUGUCAUACCAUAUAGUGUUGGAAAGGUGAGAUUUUAAGCUUCACUUCACCAAAAACAAUUAAAUUCGGGGAAGUUACAGCUGUUCAAAAAUGUGUGAAAAAAUUAAGAAAUUCGCUAUAUUUUGAAAUUUUUGUAUAAAAAGGAAAGAAUGCCACGCAAGCCACCAAUGAAAUUUUUGAAGUUUACAGAGACGAUGCUGUAUCAGUUCGUGUAGCAUAACAAUGGUUCGCUCGCUUUCGUUCUGAAAAAUGCACCUCGCUUUGGUCGACCUAUCGUUGAAAAAGUGGAUGAAAUUAUGGAAAAGAUUGACCAGGGCCGCCACAUAAGCAGCCAUGACAUCGCUAAGGAACUUAGCAUUCAUCAUCAAACGGUUUUGAACCAUUUAAAAAAGACUGGGUACAAAAAAAAAACUCGAUGUUUGAGUACCACAUGAAUUGUCUGUGGAAAAUUUAAGGGGCCGAAUUAACAUCUGCGACUCUUUGCUGAAACGAAAUGAAAUCGAACCAUUUCUGAAGCGACUGGUAACAGAAGACGAAAAGUGUAUCAAAUACGACAAUAAUGCGCGAAAAAGAUCAUGGUCCAAGCGUGGUGAACCUCAAAAACUGGUCGCAAAGCCAAGAUUGACGCCUCGAAAGACUAUGCUGAAUGUUUGAUGGGAUUGGAAAGGAAUCAUCCACAAUGAGCUGCUCCAGCCUAGUCGAAUGAUCGAUUCUACGUUUUACUGUCAACAAUUGAUGAGAUUGAAGCAAGCAAUCUAAAAACAAACGGGCAGAAUUGAUCAACAGAAAGGGCUUUGUCUUCCAUCAGGACAACGCUAGACGACACACAUCUUUGAUGACUCGGCAUAAACUGAGAGCGCUUGGCUGGGAAGUAUUGAUGCAUCCACCAUAUAGCCCUGACCUUGCACCAUCGGUCUGCCAUUUUUUUGUUUCGAUCAACGCAGAACUCCCUUAAUGGAAAGAGAUUGGCUUCAAGAGAAGCCUGUGGAAAUUACUUGUCGCAGUUUUUCGCCGAGAAACCAGAAAAAUAUUAUACUAAUGGAAUAAUGUCUCUAGGGAAAAAGUGGUCAACCAAAUUAAAGAUCACAAUAUAUAUAAAAAAAAAUAAGUUGAAGUUUGAUUAGAAAUACGAAAAGACUUUUUCGACUACCCAAUGAAUAAAAUUUGUAAUU